UUCGAAAUACUGGGUGUGAGAAGAAAGGCUCUGAGGAGAUCAAUGUGGGCAUCUACAAAAGGUGUUUUUGUGUAAAUGAGGAAAAAGAUGUGGAGGAAGAAAAGAGCAAUGAAGAAGAGGAGGAUUCGGCAGAAGAGGAGAGGGAUUCCACAGAAGAUGAGUCAUCAGAUAAAGAGGAGGAAGGGGGGAAAAUGAGUGAAGAAGAAGAAGAACCACAACCAAAAUCCUCUAAAAAGAAAGGGGUUGUAUACAAGCGCAAAUAUUCUGGAAGGGGUCAAUCACCAAUUGUUGGGUACAAACAAACUGCCAUUAAAAAGAGCAGAGUUGCAUCCGAAGAAAGCAACUGCACCAAGAGAAAGUAUAAGGAAGCUUCUGCUGUCCAGGUUGAGGAAAACAUUGCUUUUGAAAUAGAAAGUAUUGUUAAUCCCCAAAAUCCUUAUUUCGAAACUAAAGUAAGACCAGCGAGGAGGAGCAAAUUGUAUGUUCCAUUAGAUGUGCUAAGAGACCAUAAUAUUAAAUUACCUCCAAAGAUGACCCUUCGUGACCCUCUUGGGAGAUUGUGGAUUGGAAAGGUUGCUGUCUGGAAGGAUGGUCGGACAUGGAUUGGGUGGAAACCAUUCUGCCAGUGGAACAAUGUGGGUGAAAAUGACACCUGCAUUUGUGAAUUUGUACAGGAAAGUGGCCACGAGGGGUAUCUCCUUGUUAUUCACAUUCUUCGGGCACAGCCUAGCCGGAGGGCGGGCAAAUGCAAAUGCAAAUGCCGAGCUGAAAGUGGUGAAGAGAUGGCUGAGCCGAGUGAAGCCAACUUACGUUUGCCAAUAGUUUCUUCCAAGACUUCCAGAUAGUUAACUAUCGAUAUUUAUUGUGGUUGUUAACAUUUAUGU